AUGGCCAUUCCUUCCACUCAGAUCGCAGCCGUUGUGUCGCCUUCUGGGGCAUCUGCAAAUUCUAGGGUGGAGAUUAGCAAUACAUACCCAGUACCUGAGCCAGGGGAAGGGGAUAUAUUGAUCAAACUCGAAUUCUCCGGCGUGUGUCAUUCUGACCUGCAUAGUAUCCUGGGUGAUACACCGAUGAAGACCGAUGUGGCCGGUCACGAAGGCAACGUCCCAGGCACCUUUCAGCAGUACAUUGUCAGUCCAGCUAUUCAUGUUACCAGAAUCCCCUGGGGACUGUCUCCUGAGUUAGCUGCUCCUCUUCUUUGCGCCGGAAUCGCCAUGUACUCUUCAAUCAUGAAAACCAGCCCCAGGCCAGGUGAUUGGAUUGCUAUUCUUGGUGCGGGCGGAGGCCUGGGACAUAUGGGCGUACAGAUCGCUGCUAAGAAAGGACUUAGGGUCCUUGCAAUCGAUAAGGGAGAAAAGAAGAAACAGCUUUGCCUCUCACUCGGUGCUGCGGAGUUCUUAGACUUCUCAGAGGUCAAUAUUGUAGAAGCUGUCAAGGCCUCUACCUCCGGGCUUGGCGCUCAUGCUGUUAUUUGCACUGCCAACAGCGAACGCGCAUAUGAGCAAAGCAUGCAAAUGCUUCGCCCUCUGGGAACACUGGUCUGUGUCGGAAUUCCUAACAUCCCAUUCAGGUUGCCGGCUACCCCAUUCGACAUGAUUGUCAAAGGUGAAAUUACACCCAUCUCUAUCUACCUCUGGCUGAAGAUUGUCGGAAAUUCUGCGGGCACCGCAAAGGAGAUGGAUGAAUUGUUAGCAAUGGCCGUGGCAGGUGAUGUCAAGGCGCAUGUUGAAUGCUACGAGCUGAGGGAUAUCCUUGAUAUCUUAGGGCGCCUCGAGCGCUCGGAGAUUGAAGGGCGAGUGGUUCUAAGAAUACCCGAGUAA